UCUUCUCAUUGUCACUCAUUUGAACUCACACCUCCUGUCACCAUGUCCUACAACUGCUGCUCUGGAACCUUCUCCUCCCGCUCCCUUGGGGACCCACUGCUCUACCCAGGCUCCGGCUGUGGCUCCUCCUACCCCAGCAACCUGGUCUACACCACUGACUGCUGCUCUCCCAGCACCUGCCAGCAGGACUCCUCUCUUUACAGCGGCUGUCAGGAGACCUGUUCUAAGCCUAUCAGGUGCCAGACGUCUUAUGUGGUAUCCAGCCCCUGCCAGACAUCCUGCUACCGCCCAAGGACCUCCAUGCUCUGCAGUCCCUUCCAGAAAACUUACGCUAGGUCUCCAGGCUCUGGGUCCGGAAGAGGCUGCUCCCUGGGCGCUGGGUCCAGAAGCUGCUACUCACUGGGCUUUGGGUCCCAUGGCUUCAGACCCCUGGGCUGUGGAGUCUGUGGCUUCCCUCCCCUGAGCCAUGGAUUCGGUUUCUACCUUCCAACCUACUUUGCCCCUAGGAGCUGCCAAUCAUCCUGUUACAGACCAACCUGUCGGUCUGGCUUCUAUUGA